CUCCGCGCCCCUAAGAACAUAUGCUUCAGUGUUGGUUAUGUAUGUGAUUCUAGCCACGAUUCCACGUGUUGUGAUUACUUCUCGAUUCAUCAUUGACAAUAAAUUAAAAUAAUCAUUGUGAAAUGGGUAAAGCGAAGAAAAUAAAGGUUUCGAAGCGAGAUCGUCAGGAUGUUAAAAUUGGCUUAGCAGAACUGAUCAACAGCGAAAAAGUGGUUAAGCCGAAGAACAGGACAAAAAUUAGGCAUCGACAAGAUGAAGAUGAAGAAUUUGUCGACUCUGGUCUUUCACAAAAGAUUUUAUCACAAGCCAGGCGUCAACAAAUGGAAAUGGAGGAGGAGGAGGAUGAAAUGGAAAGACCUUCGAAGUCUCCAAAAAAACCUGUUACUAAACUUGGCAAUGAUGAUAGCGAGGGGGAAGCAGAAUCGAGUGAAGAUGAAACAGGAAAUCACUUUUACGACAACAUAGAAAUUAAUGAAGAGGAUGAACAGGCUUUGGAAAUGUUUAUGAACAGAGAUAAAGCGCCGAUGCGAACUCUAGCUGAUAUCAUAAUGGACAAGUUGACUGAGAAAAAGACUGAAAUUCAUACACAAUUCUCUGAUGCUGGUUCCAUUCAGAUGCAGGAACUUGAUCCAAGGGUUCGACAAAUGUAUGAAGGAGUUAGGGAUGUGCUGGCUAAAUACCGCAGUGGAAAAUUACCAAAAGCUUUCAAAAUUGUGCCGAAUUUGAAGAAUUGGGAGCAGAUAUUGUACAUUACAGAUCCUCCUAAAUGGUCUGCUGCUGCCAUGUAUCAGGCAACUAGAAUUUUUGCAUCCAAUUUGAAAGAGAAAAUGGCACAAAGAUUUUUCAACCUUGUUUUAUUACCUCGUGUCAGGGAUGACCUUGCCGAAUAUAAAAGGCUGAAUUUCCACCUAUAUCAAGCAUUGAGAAAAGCUUUAUUCAAGCCUGGUGGUUUUAUGAAGGGCAUACUAUUACCACUUUUAGAAUCUGGUUCUUGUACACUGAGGGAAGCUACCAUAAUUGGUUCGGUGAUUGCCAAAAAUUCUAUUCCAAUUUUACAUUCGUCUGCAGCAAUUUUAAAAAUUGCAGAAAUGGAUUACACGGGUGCCAGUAGCGUUUUUUUGAGAAUAUUUUUGGACAAAAAAUAUGCCCUUCCAUAUCGCGUCGUGGAUGCUGUUGUAUUUCAUUUCCUGAGAUUUAGCACAGACUCAAGAGACUUGCCUGUUCUGUGGCAUCAAGCACUUUUAACUUUUGUUCAGCGUUACAAAAGUGAUGUCAGUUCGGAACAGAGGGAUGCUCUGCUGGAAUUAUUGAAGAAACAAUCACAUCACUCGAUUACUGGUGAAGUACGGAGAGAACUGCAACAUGCCAAAUGCAGGGAUAUUGAAGCCACAGAGCCGAAGAGUGAACCUAUGUCGAUUACAUGAGAGGCUAUUCUCGGCUCAAGAUGAGAUGAUAUUAAAGCAAUUACGCCUGUAAUUCAUUGUUUGUAACAUGUAAAUAUUUAAUAAAAUGUCUAACAUAAAAUAAAAACCGUGUAUCUUGAUCAAGAAUGUGUCGAUUAAUUUAAAUAAAUAUUUAAUAAAAUAUCUAACAUGAAAUAAAAACCGUGUAUGUUGAUCAAGAAUGUAUCGAUUAAUUUGAGUCAAGUCACUGAAGUUUCUUUAUGUGUUUUUUAGUCAGAUUACAAGAUAUUCAGUCAUAAUUUCAACCAUAUUUUAUAUGUUUGACGUGUUCUUCUUGAAAGUAAAUGAGCUUUGCAUGGACAGAGAUAGGGAUACAGCAUAGCUGUUUCUGAAUGUAUAUUAUUAUAUUACAUCUACAAUAUUGACAUAAUAUUUCAUCGUACAGCCAGGACAAAAACAAAUACUUAUCACUUAUCCUCAUACACUCUUUUCGACUCAUACAUACUUCUAAUUCGAAACUUUUCAUAGAGCUAUCACAAUCGACACCUCCAACUAAUCAUCAAUAAUAUUCAUCACUAAUUAAGUACGACAAAUAUAAAAUUGUAGUUUUCAUUAAAAUGACAAAACGGGAAAGUCGAUUCGACGCAAUAUAUAAAAUAAAGUACAAAAUAUUCGUAUACUGUUCAAACUAAACACAUGGGAUAAUUUAUGUGACUCCACAUAUACAGAUAUCAAAUAUGCUGUACCUCAGUGUCAGCGGUUUUCUGUUUUAAAUUACAGUAACCAUCAGAUAUCGUUUAUAUAAUUUAAAAACAAUCAUAUAUUUACAUUAAUAUCCUUCAUGCAUCAGGUGGAACUCAAACACAUGUCAUUGUUAAUAGGAUGCAAAUCCACAGUAAAUGACAAUUAGCAUUGAAGGUAGCUGUUUUCAAGUAUUUGAGAAAAUAAAAAUGAAGUGCAUGACUCUAGAUACGAAUUCACAAAUAGAAAUCAUAAAAAUAUGCAAUAAAUACUGGAUAUAACACAGUUCAGAUAUCCAGAUGAAUGACUUCAAUUUAAAGUAGCAAAAGUCGAUUCUCGAUUUGGAUUUCCUGCGUGUAACAUAGCUGCGAGUUUUUCAAUAGAACUGCAUGAUAAUCGUAAAAUAUGCUAUAUUCUAGAUUAUUAUAACAUUUCAAUAUUACCCUAAUAUGACUUUUGCAAC